CCGUCUGUCAUAUGACAACAACCGGACCCAUCGGGUGUGUGCGGACUGCUACGUCAUGCUGGUGGGCAUGUCCGCGUCGCCUCCAUCUCUAAGCAACACCUCCCACAGGAGACGCUCCAUCUUGGAGAAACAGGCCUCCCUGGCGGCAGAGCACAGCGUGAUCUGCUCUUUUCUCCACCACAUGGAAAAAGGAGGCGGGAGGAGCUGGCAGAAGGCCUGGUUCGUCAUCCCGGAGAAUGAGCCCCUGGUCCUCUACAUCUACGGAGCUCCUCAGGAUGUGAAGGCCAAACGCAGCAUUCCUCUGAUUGGCUUUGACGUCUCUCUCCCGGAGUCAUUUGAUCGGCUGGAGCGACGCCACGCCUUCAAGAUUUCCCAGAGUCACCUGACCCUGUACUUCAGCGCCGAGGGGGAGGAGCUACAGCGGCGAUGGAUUGACGUCCUGCUGAGGGCUGGACGAGGGGAGGAGCCUCACGUCCACCGCCCAAUUGUGGAGAGUGUGGAAGAGGAGGGGGAGGGGGAGGAGCUGGCAGCGGAGGUGGAGAACACGUGAUCCUGUGGGAUGAAGAAGGACGGCAACAAUGAACUCUGCAUAAUCCUUCCUCGCUGUCUUUUUUUCCCCGUGUUUUCGUGACACAGUGAGGUGGGCGGAGCUUCUUCUUCUCACAGGAAACAUUUUUUUCUCCUGAGUUUGGUUUUAAACACUAACCAUUAGUCUCAGCUACUGUUGCUAUAGAGAUACACAGCGAUCUCAUGCAGAAGUAAUCUGUCGUCUGGGUGGUUAAUGUCAAUGAUGUGAUUAGGACCAGGGUUAGGACCAAUGAAGUUGUGGUCACAUGACAGACGUUGACAACACAAAGAAAACUAAGGACUAAAGUACGUGAUGGACACGUGUUGAACUUGUCCAACACGUGUUGGAAAAGGGAGAAUACAAACCAACCAUGUCCUCUUAAAAUACAUUUGUGCAUUUUCAAUGUUUGACUUUUCCCCUGAAGAAAACACUUUUAAACUUUGACCUCUAAAGCUGCCAAUCAGAGCAACUUGUAUAAACUGAAACUACAGUUCCGAGCAGCCUCUGCUCCAUUGGAGAAGUGUGCUAUUGUAAAGUAGUGAUGAGGAUGAGGAUGAUGGUGGUGAUGAAGAUGAAGACACUGACUACAUUUACAUGCACUAAAUAGUCUCUUUUUCAAAUGACUGAUUAUGUUGUUUGAUUAACUUCCUGCUUUCUAUUCGUCCAUCUUUCUUUUUGGACCGAGGCUCAUAUUUUGAAAGGACAGAAUUCUCCCGAACUCGGAAUAGUGUCUCAGAUCUGAUGUGAUGUUUACAUGAGAUCAAAUAUGAAUGUUCAUGUAAACGUGGCCACCGACGGUUUCAUGUUUGAUGUUUGAACCCUUCUGCAGGACUCUGAUGAUGAAGAUUAGUUUGCUUCUGGACUUGGAUGCAAGUUUUAAAAGGUUUUUUUAAGCCGAUUCUCAAUGUUUCAGUGACUCCAGUGAUUAGAUGAUUAGAUUCAACAAGAACUCAAAAAAAGAAAGACUAUGAAGUCCCUCCAGGGGUCCAGUGUUCCUCCCUCCAUCUCUGUAAAGACCUUCUUGACAAAGUGUUUUGAUAGUGAAAAGAUUAUUAAUAUUAUUAUUGUUAUUCUGAUGAACUGUUUACAGGUUGUGUUCCAUGUUUUGCCUGAUUCCAGUUAAUGCAAGAAGAAAAAAUAUGAGUGAAGAUUUUGUAAAUAUAAUUUAUUAUUUCGUGACCUCCGUGGUCAUGUAACUCAGUAAAGGUCAAAGAUUAACGCUCGCCUGCCCCCAGCCACCAACAGCCAGAGCCAAACAGACACAGCUGCGAUUAACGGCUGACAGGGUGAAGGUUAAAGGAACAAUCGGUCUACAUGUUUCACAUAUCUAUCAGUCCCCUCCUCCGUCUCCAGUGUUUGUGCUAAGCUAGGCUAGCCGUAUCCCCUCUUUCUCGGGUGCCUUGGUGCUAUGCUAAGCUUCCGGUUUCCCCCCUGCUGCCAGUCUUUGUUUGAAGCUAAGCUACCAUUUUCUCCCUGGCAUUCAGCCUUGGUGCUAUGCUGAAGGUAGUAUUUCCACUUAACUAAUUUCCCCCUGCUUCUAGACUUUGUGCUAAGCUAGCCUUACCGCCCCGGCCGGUCGUUAACAUGGUGCUCAGUCUGGUCAUGGCCCUGGUUGUCACAGAGUAUGGUCUGUAUGGUUCCUAUCAUCACCACUUGGUGGAAAACAUUUUAAAUCUCAAUCUCAGCAAAUUGUGUUGAACAGUCGUUUUCUAACCAGUCUGGACUGGUUCUUACUCGUUAAGACGUGUGUGUGUGUGUGUGUGUGUAUCUAUGUUUGUGUGGGUGAUACAGUUGAUUGUGUCGUAUCAGUGCGGUGUGCACUUUCUCUUCAUGUGCCAGAGCACAUUUUCAAAGAUAUACCGUAUUCAGAGUGAAGUUGUUGGCUAAUAUAUCAUAUUAUGUUUCAGUAUUUCUUGUUGUUUUGGGCUGGAUACCAGUUUAAAGCCAGUUAGCGUCUCUUUCACCAGUUUAAGCCGGUUAUAUCCAGAGAGGAACAAGAGGUUAUUACAGACAUGAGAUUAUUGAAGAGACUAUGCUCCCACGUUUAAACAGGUGUGAGCUCACGCUGAUGAAAGCUAGCUCUGGCUCAGAGGUUAGCUUCAGCUCUGGCUAACUAAAGGUAAACUUUAGCUUGGGUGCUAAGUUUAGCUUGAAAGCCAGCUCUAGCUCAGAGGCUAGUUCUCCUGAUAACUUAACCACACUUAAUAAUUAACAUGAUAUAAUUUGAACAGGCCAUUUACACUUCAUCGCAGAAGUUCAUAAUUUGAGGCUUUCUGUGUUGAGAAAGCAUCAAAAAAUCUGUUGCAGCGUUAGCUAAACAUUCACCAAGUGACCUGUGGAGCUUUGUGUGAAAACAAAGCUAAUGUUGGCUCCAGCUAGACACGUGUAUCCGUGUUGUUCUUCAUGGUGGAGCUGCUCGUCAACUAGCUAAUGACCUUCCUUUGAGUCAUUGCGAGGAUAAAUUAAGAAGUAGCACCAAGAACCAACCCUGUUCAGAAAGAUGCUAAGAGCUAGCGGCUACAGAGCUAACCAGUCAGGAGCAUUAUAACAAGAGUAAUUCACCUCACAUGAGUCAAACUUCACCAAAGUGACUGAAGGUCUGCGUGACUUUGUCUUCCUGAGCGAAUCUGCUGACCGUAGCGAUGAAAAGAAUGAACUUUAAAUGUGGCCUCGCUAUGAUCUGUUUUCUACUCUGAAGCCAGUGAGCAUUUAAGCUUUUUAUAGUCCUGUACUUUUUUAGGUUCUAGCUGGUUUAUUUACAACCAGCUCUAACCGGGCAGAGCUCAUUCUCACUGGUCCUAACUGGUUCUGCUGUCCUGUCUAUUAUCAGAUGACUCACUGUCGGUGGUUUUGUAUUUAUUUGUCUUUUUUAAUCCAAAGUGUUAUUAUGUUAGGAUUUUUUUACUUGUCCUGAUCACAGUGAUUUCUGAUUAUCAGACGCUCACACUGUCCCGGACUAGAGAUGAAAACCACAUGAAACAAUGCAAAUAAUGUUGAUGUUAGUAAAUGACCCCCAACAAAACAGAAGGGUGCCCACUGGUGAUAAUUGGAGCUAACCAGAGCUAGCCGUUUCUAAGGUUUGAACAUGUUUCCAUAGUUUGUGUACGUAAUUAAAUCCCAAGUGGCUAACAUGGAGAUUUAUGUUUUACAGCGGGCCUCAGUUACCAUUUAGCUGUAGCAGCUAGCAUUCUGCCUGGUGGAUUACAAGCCGCUGCAGCUAACAGGUAAGCAUGCUAGUUUCAGGUGAGACGUCUGUGACCUCAUCACAUACCGGUGAAGAGAUUCUGAACGCUGAACCUUUACCAGCCAAUCAGAGGGGGAACGGGCUGUGAUGUCAUCUAAUUGAAUGACAACACCAGGAAACAGGAAACAUUUAUUGCCAAAAUAUCCGCUGGUUACUGGACUCCAGUAAGCUUGAUAACAACACACGCAUCUUCUCUCCGGGUGCAGCAGCAGCACGGUCAAGUGUUCUUCCUGUCAUAGAUUUUGUACCUUGUUAUUAUUUAUUAUUGAGUGUUGAUUGAUUGAUUGCAGGUUGUUGGUUAGUGGCCGGCCACUUUCCCAUCGUGCCCUUCUGUUUCCCACCAUGACCUUCUAUAGGAAAAUACUAUAAAACAUGUUUAUGAGAUAUAAAUUAAAUAAAAACGUAAAAACUGAA